AUGGCCCGACGCACAGCUAUGCAGAGUCAAGAAGCGGUCGACGAGGAACACCGCAUGUAUGGCCAUGGCGCCCUGACCGAGGAAGAACUGGAUGAGAAGUACCCCAACCGCCCCCACAAUCAUUCAACAACCCUGCCUUUUCAUUCUCUUUACUUAGAUCUCUUCAACCCUCUCAAUGAAAACAAGAAGAAGCCCACCGGACCAGCUGCUGCUCGCAAAAGGCGUGGUCAAUCACACAUGACCCCAAAUGAGGUUCGUCGUAACAUCGUCGAACGCUUUAUUUCAAGAUGGCGCCAAGAAGUAGGCAACGACAUCUAUCCCGCCUUCCGUCUCAUCAUCCCCGAGAAGGACCGUGACCGCGCUAUGUACGGUCUGAAGGAAAAGGCCAUCGGUAAGCUGCUGGUGCGCGUCCUCCGCAUCGACAAAGACUCCGAGGAUGGUUUCAACCUUCUCAACUGGAAGCUUCCUGGACAGAGCACCAGAGUCGCCAUGGCUGGUGAUUUCGCUGGUAGAUGCUUCGACGUCAUUUCCAAGCGUCCUAUUCUCAGCAAGCCUGGGAAAAUGACCAUCGGCGAGGUAAACGAGAGGCUCGACAUGCUGUCCGUUGUCUCCAAGGAAGAGGACCAGCUACCUAUCUUCCAGGACUUCUACCAGAGCAUGAAUGCCGAAGAGAUGAUGUGGCUCAUCCGUGUCAUUCUCCGCCAGAUGAAGGUUGGCGCCACGGAGAGAACACUCUUCGACAUAUGGCACCCCGAUGCCGAGAGUCUCUUCAACGUAUCUUCCAGCCUACGGAGGGUGUGCUGGGAGUUGUAUGAUCCGUCAAUCCGGCUUGAUAACGAAGGAACUGCCAUCACGCUGAUGGGGUGUUUCCAGCCGCAACUUGCUGCUUUCCAGAUGCACUCGUUCGAGAAGAUGGUGCAGCGGAUGAAGCCCGUCGAAGAUGACGACGAGUUCUGGAUUGAAGAGAAGCUUGAUGGAGAGCGCAUACAACUGCACAUGAUUGAAGACGAAAGCAUACCUGGCGGCAAGCGUUUCGCCUUCUGGUCACGGAAAGCUAAGGACUACACCUACCUUUAUGGAAACGGCUUUGAGGAUGACAACAGUGCACUCACACGCCACCUCAAGGAUGCGUUCCACGAUGGUGUUCGCAACAUCAUUCUUGACGGAGAGAUGAUUACCUGGGACAUGGAGCAUGAUGCCAUUGCUCCAUUUGGAACGCUGAAGACGGCAGCCCUGUCGGAGCAAAAGAACCCCUUCUCCACCGCCCCCCGCCCGCUCUACAAAAUCUUCGACUGCCUGUACCUGAACGAUGAGCCCCUGACACAGUACACUCUCCGCGACCGCCGAAAGGCGCUCGCCGCCAGUAUCCACCCCAUCCACCGCCGCUUCGAAGUCCACGACUACACCACCGCCCACCAGCCAUCCGAGAUCGAGCCGAUGCUCCGCAAAGUCGUAGCCGAAGCCUCAGAGGGCCUAGUCAUCAAGAAUCCGCGCUCCCCCUACCGGCUCAACCAGCGCAACGACGACUGGAUCAAGGUCAAGCCCGAGUACAUGACCGAGUUCGGCGAGGACCUGGACUGUAUCGUCAUCGGCGGCUACUUUGGGUCGGGCAAGCGCGGCGGCAACCUGUCGAGCUUCCUGUGCGGGCUGCGUGUCGACCAGAGCCAGGUCGACCGCGGCGCCAACCCCAUGAAGUGUUUUUCGUUCUUCAAGGUCGGCGGCGGCCUCACGGCAAACGAUUACGCCGCCAUCCGCCACCAGACGGGCGACAAAUGGCACAAGUGGGACCCUAAGCGCCCGCCCUCCGAGUUCAUCGAGCUGGCCGGCGGCGAGCUGCGCCAGUUUGAGAAGCCCGACGUCUGGAUCAAGCCGUGUGAUAGCGUGGUGGUCUCUGUCAAGGCGGCGUCGGUCGGCACGACGGACCAGUUCCGCAUAGGCUGUACGCUGCGGUUUCCACGGUUUAAGAAGUUGAGGACGGAUAAGAGCUGGAAGGAGGCGCUGUCGAUACAGGAGUUCAUGACGCUGAAGGACAAUGCUGAGCGCCAGCACGCCGAGAAGGAGUUCAAGGUCGACGACGCCCGCCGCGUCAAGCGCCAGCGCACCUCCAAGAAGCGGCCUAUGACCAUCGCCGGCUUUGAUGACGGCGCCGAGGCUUCUUCUUCUUCUUCCGCCAAAACCCCAGCGGAUGGCAAAGCAGCCGACCGCCCUGCCCCACAGGUCUUCGCCGGCUUGACGUUCUACAUCAUGACCGACUCCCUCUCCCCGAAGAAAUCCAAGGCCGACCUCGAAGCCCUCGUCAAGGCCCACGGCGGCGCCCUCGUCCACUCCACCACCGCCGCGCCAGACGUCAUCUGCAUCGCCGACCGCCGCCUCGUCCCCGUCGCCUCAGUCAUGAAGAAGAACGACCGCAGCGUCCUGCGCCCCGUGUGGCUGCUCGACUGCGUCAAACAGGCCACGACCGACGCCACUAUCCGGAGGGCUGCUGGGGCUCCAGACGCGGGUGUAUUCCUGCUGCCGUACGAGGGCCGGAGGCACCUCUUCCACGCUACGGACGACGCCGCGAUCGAGGCGGAGGAUAAUGUGGAUAAGUGGGGGGAUUCGUUUGCGCGGGAUGUGGCGGAUGUGAAGGAGUUGAGGAAGGUGAUGGAUGGGAUGCCGGCUUCGAGAGGAGUCAAUGACGAAGAGGAUGAAACAGAAGAAGAGGCUGAAGGUUUCGAUGUUGAAGCUUUUCUCGAGAAGGCGGAGGAUGGACAUGGGAUGGGGUUGCUGGAAGACGAUGCUGUGGCGCUGGCGAGGGGCUGGCUUUUCCGUGGGUGUAGGGUGUGGUUUGACGACGGCUGCGGUCAUGGGGGCGCUUCUGGGGAGGCGGCGGCGGACGAGGGCCCGGACAAGGUUGAUGAGCAGGAGCAGGCGCGUUUAAUGCGGCUGUACCUCGCCAAGCAGAUCGUGCGCUUCGCGGGCGGCACCAUUGCGGAGCAGUUAGAAGAGGACGCCACCGUGACACAUGUUGUGGUUACUGGUACGGAUAAGGAGAGGCUAAGCGAAGUAAGGCAGAUUGUUGCAGAUAGGAAGGCAGACAGGGUUCCGCGUGUGAUCGGCGUGGAGUGGGUUGAGGAGAGCUGGAAGGAGAGGACGAUUGUGGAUGAGGAGAGGUUUGUUGCGAGGUAA